AUGUACCCUCCCAAUCCCUGGAAACAGAUCUCUAGUGAUGGUAAGGACACGCUUGAGACAUGAGACAUGAGACAUCUGGUGAUAAAAGUUAUUUGAAAAGCGUCAUGAUCUUCCUGGAGGAUGAAGACUUUUUAACUGUUUCAUAAAAGGAGUUUUUUUUCCCAUUAUUUGGUCCAACCAUCUGUUAAACUGAACAUCCUCCAUAAUAAUCACAAAGUGCCAUAAACCUGGAGUUUUUUUGUUGUACCAAAUGCUCUCUGUUUAUAUGAUGAAGGCUAAUUUGAGCCUGGGAAGUAGGUUAAGAAUUUUUAUCAUAUCGAAGUUUGUAUUUCGCAAUACAUUUCAAAAUCAUGUCCGGUUCCUUCACUACGAAUGACUACGUCUUCUCGCACAUAUCAUGACUGUAGUUCCUCUUAACUUUGUGGUUUAUCUUCCUCAGCACACUUCAGAAAGAAAGUCAGAGUAUUAGCACAGAUUAAACAUGCCGGUUAGCGUUUUCAUUGCCACAACUCACCUUAUUUUUAUAAAUCAAUCUUUAUACUUUGUUUUCCCAGCCAUCGAUCUGAUCAACAAUCUGUUGCAAGUCAAGAUGAGGAAACGCUACAGUGUGGACAAGAGUCUCAGCCAUUCAUACCUACAGGUAACAGAAAGUUAGGAUUUGGUGCGCAUCAUAUUUCUCUCUCUAUAACACUGUGUUAUCAACAAAGACUAAAAGCUUAAAAAAAAAAUUUAAUGAUUUUUUUUUGUGCGCACUUGCCUUCAUCUAGAAAAAAAAUUACAGUGAAAAAAGCAAGAUCUUCACUUUCUUGUAUCUCUGCAAACCCCUCACUCAAAUCUUAAAAACUGAGGCAUUACAGAAAACGACACAAACACAAAGGGUCUGCACUCAUAGCCGAACAGCCAGGCAGCAGCUGAAGGCCAAUAUUCUGGAACAUUACUGAGGACAGCCAUGCUUUUAAAAUGAUGUUUUCAUUGACUGAUCACAGCUCCUAAUGUGGCUUCAACAAAACACAACAUUCAGUGGUGGAAAACAGAGCAGCUCUCUCUGCAGGUCCGAAGUAGUCCUCUCUGCUUGUUUUGGUUGCAGGGAAAAUCCAUUAUUAAGCUGAAGUGCCAUAGCAAAAUUAAAUGUGGUUGAGGGUAUCAUUUUUUCAUUAUCUCUGGAAACUGUAGACCUGCCAGGGUUCAAGAUUAUCCUCUCAUAUAUACUAUGGUGCAUAUAUAUUUACACACACACAUUCAGCAGCCUUAGAUUGACUAGCAAAUAAUGUGCUGCAAAAACAUGAAACUCUGUUCAGUUUAAAUCUAAUUCAAGGCUCUUACAAAGUGAAACUCCAUCCCUGUGUUUAUUCCCAUUUCUCAUUUCUCAGGACUAUCAGACGUGGCUCGACCUGCGAGAGCUGGAAACCAAACUCGGAGGGCGAUACAUCACCCACGAGAGCGACGACAGCCGCUGGCAAGCAUACGCCCGGGACCACACUUUGCCUUACCCCGCACACCUUGUGCCUCCUCCUCCUGCCCCCGCCUCUGACAAUGAGGAGGGAGGGGAGGAUGCAGACGUCCAAGGCCUCACUGAGAGGGUCAGCAUCCUCUGA